UCUAAAUCCUAACGGAAAAGAAUUAGAGUUUCGCUUAAUCUCUACUCAAUGCGUUGAAGAUCUGCAGCGAGAAGCGAAACCCUCACAAGAAAUUUCCCAAAUUCACUUCUUGGUUUCUGGGUCCGAUCGAUCUCCUGCCAAGUGAUGAUCCGUUUCCUAUAAACUCAUACGGGAUUCGUUUUUCCCCCAUAAAACAAUGAAACUCUGGUCAUGUUCGAAAAUCCAGCAACAAUCUCCUCGAACAGUCCUCAUCUUCGGAAAUCCGGUAGCAAAUCUGUUUUCGUUGAUCCUGGUGUAAACGGGAAUUUAGGUGUAUCAGAAAUGGGUGAGCUCAAGGGUACAAGUUCACCACUUCAUAUUACAACAAUGGUGCCUUCUCCAAUAUUCCUGUGGAGAUUUAAGGUUGUUUUGUUUCUUUUCUGGGCUUUAUGUUGCUGCAAGAUUGGGUGGGAUUCAGUCAUGAGAAUGAGUAUCGACCUGCGAGAUUUAUUUUUGUACGAAGCAUUUCUUUAUUACAAUCCUCUUCUUCUUGUGACUAUGAUGGUUUGGCUUUGGGGAGUGAACUUAUGGGUGUUCUCUCAAGGAAGUGUCAAUUAUGCCAAAGUCUUUGAUCUCGACCAUAAUCACCUUACUCAUAGAGAGAUGUGGAAGGUGCUCCUGUACAUUGCUUUUGCUUUGGUUCUGAUAUUUCCCUUCGAUAUUUUCUACUUAUCAAGUCGAUAUUUUCUGCUGAGAACAUUAUGGAGGAUAGCUUUUCCACUGCAGCCAAUUACAUUUCCAGACUUCUUUUUGGCAGAUAUACUUACGUCUAUGGUCAAGGUAUUUUCUGACUUAGAACGGUCCGUCUGCCGGAUGGUGCAUAGACAGGUCGCAACAAUUGCUUGGUUUGAAGCUGACGCGGUCUGUGGCAGUCAUCAAAUCGCAAUCCCUUUGGUUCUUGUUUUCCCCUACAUUUGCCGUCUUUUGCAAUGUCUUCGACAAUACAAGGACACAAAGGAAAAAUCAUCUCUUUUAAAUGCUCUGAAGUAUUCGACAGCAGUGCCUGUGAUUUUCCUUUCUGCACUUAAAUAUCAUGUGAUGCCAGAGAGCUGGACAUCAUAUUACCGACCUCUCUGGCUUUUCUCAAGCGUCAUAAACUCACUUUACUCAUUCUACUGGGAUGUGACUCGAGAUUGGGACUUGAGCGGUUUCACUAAGAUAUUCAAGUUUAACCGUCCAAGUAACAUAUCAAAUCUAUUAUAUGGCCGUCAAUGGGUGUAUUUCUGGGUGAUAGGGAGCAAUCUGGUGCUGAGAUGCGCGUGGACAUACAAAUUGUCAGCACAUUUAAGGCACAACUACAUAACGGUGUUCAGUGUGACGGCCAUGGAGAUGUUUAGACGGUUUCAAUGGGUAUUCUUCAGAGUAGAGAAUGAGUGGAACAAGAUUACCAAAUCUCAUCCAAUGGGUGAGAUUUCACUUGAAGAAGACAAACUACUUGGUUCUAUUACAACCCAUGAUGUUUAGUUUUGUUUUACUCUAUUCCUAUGCCAACAGUUCUGGUUUUCUUAUCGGUACAAUCAACUCUAGACACUUUCUAGUAAUAUAAUACACCAUUUUUCAAGAAGUGAACCAAAUUUUGCUGUAUGGCAGACACUUAAGAUUCCAACCACUAAGCUGAAAUUGACCUUUUCGA